AGACCAGCUUUAUUAAUUCUUUAGUCGUUACUCGGUAGUUUUUUAAGUGCGUUUUGUAUUUGUAAAAUUAACAGUUUACCGUUUUAAGCUUAGUACGCAGCUCUCAAGAAACGUAAAAACUUCAUAUAAAAAAACGCUUAAGAAACGGUCCAGAAACGUUCCUGCGAUAAAGUUACUUGUGCUAGUACGCAGCUCUCAAGAAAUCUAGUACUAAUUUUUAAUACUUUUUUUCAAUAAAAUGUGAAUAUGGCAAACCUGGUUUUGCGAAGAAACAUCAAAUCAACAAUUGUUUCUUGAGGGAUAUUCGAAGUAAUCGUCAAAUUCAUCCUAAAUUAGUUGAAAUCAUUAUUAUAAAGUAUAUUCCAUUUUGAAAUGUUGUAUUAAACCAACCAAUCAUCAACAACAUUCCUUAAAUCUCAAUGAAAAUAUUUGUGUUACCAUACACAUACAUACAUACGCACAAAGUUUGUUUACUUUAGGCGUGUUUUAUUCGACCAGCAAAUUAAGCUAUUAGCUUAUUUUGUAUGGAAGACUUAGACAACAUAAUUUUGUUGGCUUGUCAUAAGCUUUCAUAGCUUGUGUAUUGGGCUAGAGGCAUUGCCAGUUAAAAUGCUUUUUUCAUUCACAAUAGCUUUGAUUUUUCCCAAAAAAAGUAGUUGGCAAUAGCGACAACCCCCAUUUUGACAGACAAAAAUGUAAACAAAUGGAGAUAUAUAAAUGAAACGUAUAGAAGUGCACGAAAUGGAAAAUUUUAUAAAAGAUGCGUUGCUUCGUACUAUGUACACAAAUUCAAAUGUUGAAGAGUAUAACGAAAUAUUGACCAUCCUUGCUGGCUUAGCUGCUGAAUCAAGUUCGUCAUCGGAGGAUUCAGAACAAGAGCAGAUAGAGCAUCCAAACUGCUCUGAUUUUGUGGACACCAUUGAUAGUUUUGAAGAUGAGGAUUUCAAAUCUCACUUUCGUUUGAGCCGCACCACUUUAGAUUACUUAAUAGGAAGAUAUGAAGAAAGUGAACAAACCCGUUUUGCUACGAAGGCCGGAAAAACCAAAAUUCCUGCUAAAACAAUGAUGUACAUGUAUGUAUGGUAUUUAAGUAACACAAUUACCUACAGACAACUAGCCGUAUUGUUUGGUGUAACGAAGUCCACAGCAUGGGCGAUUGUUCGUCGGGUUGUAGCGUGGGUUAUCUCAAUAGGUCAUGAGUUUGUUAAGUGGCCAAUUGGAGAUGCGUUGGAAGAAACAACUCGCAAGUUUUUACAAAGGAAACAAAUACCAGGUGUUAUUGGUGCUAUUGAUUGUACCCAUAUAACAAUUAAUGCACCAAUAAAAGACAAACAUAUAUAUUUUGAUCGAAAACGUAAUUAUAGUGUUGUUCUACAGGCCAUUGUCGAUGCUGAUAAAAAAUUUAUUGAUAUUUAUUGUGGUGAACCCGGAUCAUAUCAUGACUCUAGAGUGCUAAAAAGGUCAGCAUUUUAUAGAAAAGCGGAAUGUAAUAUGGAAAGUUUAUUUCUCAAUUCUACUUUUAUUCUCGGGGACUCGGCAUACCCUUGCAGAAAUUACCUCAUACCGGUAUUUAAAGAUUAUGGUUCGUUAACGCCUAAUCAAAUCAGCUUUAACAAAACACAUUCAGCAAGAAUAGUUGCUGAAAAUGCAUUUGGAGCACUGAAAGGACGUUUCCGAAGGCUUCUUAAGUUUACGGAGCACAGAAAUUUAUGUGCAAUUUCGAAUUUAGUUGCAAGUGCAUGCAUUAUGCACAAUAUAUGUAUUAUUACUAACGACGAUACAAUUAUUGACUAUCAAAUUGAAAGUGCCGAACCGGAGCCAGAAACUGCUAAUGAGCUAGCGAGAGAAGAAAGUGGAGAUCGCCGGAAUCAGUUGUUUACAAUUUUAACACGAAGAAAUUAAUAAAUUUUAAUUUUUUUAAUUUUUAAAAUACACUUUUAGAGCAACAUUUUCCAUUUUCAAUCUCAAACAAUAAAAUUGUUUAUAAUUUUACGACAUAUUUGUUUUAUAUAACCACGUAUACGUAUGCAUUUGUUCAAGAUUUGAAUGUAAAAAAUGUUUAUUUUAUGAUAAGCUUGAUUAUAUAUUUCCGUUAAAUAAAACAAUGUAUAUUCGUUAUGAAAUCAA